AUGGUUCUCAUCCUGGUUUGUUUGACUAUUCCCCAAUCCGAGCUUUACCUGCUUGCUCACCCUGCCUGGCCCUUCUUGAGUCAGACUUCCAUCAACCUCACAAUAUCCUCAUCGAUACCCGAGCUUACAAUGGCAUCCGACGACCCACUUUGCGAUUCCCUGCCGUCCAUCUUUCGGCCCAGAGUCCGUGAUGGGAUGAUCGUUGUGCGCCGACCUGCGAACAAUAACGACACCGCUCUCUUCUGGGUUAGCACCUACUUCGUUCUAAAUGGAGCCAAUGAGGCCGUCGCCAUGGACUACCCUGCUUUCCUUACCGACCUAGAAGCCCUCCUUCAAUACGACCCAGAAUUGGAUGAGAUCCAAUUCCAUGUGCCCUCCCUAUACCGACGUGUGCCUUUGGACCCUACUUUGCGUGACACAAGCAAUGUCCAAGACCUACAGCCCGAGGUAGGCAUUGUUCGUACCUACAACCAGUGGCUCGCAGCCUUGGCGGCGAUGCAAAACUCUCAUCUGAUACGGGAAUCGAGCAUCGAAUACGUGCUCCGGAAUGGGUUUGUGACUAGCUCUGUUCGCCACAGUGUUCUACCUGUGGCUGCGUCCCAGUUUUUCAUUGUGCGAAUUGCAGGUAUCAUGUCUUCAGUCCGCCCAACUGACACUACAGCCUUUGUCUCUGAUAAUUAUGCUUUAGACGCGGAAGUUCCGAACCAAGAAGAAGCUGACAACCGUGGUCAAACUUAA